GGUAGCGGAAGCUUCUUCCUCCCGGUGCCGAGUCCCGGAACCAGCAGCUCAGCGUCCCGGCCUGUCCCGGCUCCGCCGCUUGCGGGCCCCUCCGGCAGCAUGACAACGCCAGCCGCAGCGCCCCGCAGGUGACACCCGCGGGCCCUUCCGUCUCAGCCGCCUCAUAUAUGGGCCACUUGCUCUCGAAGGAGGCCAGUAGCUUCAGCCGGGACCGCCGCUGCCGCCGCGGGAGAAAGGUGCCGCCGCGCAGCCGGAGCUGCUUCCUGCGCGGGCCCUGCAUGCUCUGUUUCAUCGUGCACAGCGGCAGCCCUCCCGCCUCGGAGCAGCCCCUACCCGCCGGAGACCCCCGCCUGCCACCACCGCCCUACGCGGCCCUCGCCACCGCGGAGCAACGCGCCGCCUGCCGCCUCUUCCGCCUGUCGCCCGCUGCUUGGAAGCCGCGGGGCCGCUUCCAGCACCUCCUUCUCUCGGGCCUGCUGCCCUCGCCGGUGCGGGGCCUCUUGGGGGCGGCCAGACCAUCCGGCGAGGCCGCUCCGGAGAUGGUGUGCAAGCGCAAGGGGGCCGGCCUGCCCGCCUGCCCUCCCUGCAAGCAGCCGCGCUGCGCGGCCGCCGCCGCGGCGGAGCAGGAGACAGCCUGCCAGUGCCCGGCGGAGCCGCCGCUCUGCGCUCUGCCCGCCGCCGACGGCUGCCCGGCGAGCGGUGAGUCCUCACCGGCCCGAGGCAGCGCCGGGGACAGCAGCGGAGCGGAGCAGCCCUCCUCGCCGCCCUCCGCGUCUGAGGAGGAGGAGGCAACAGGGGAGAAGGAGAGGGGCGGAGAGGCGGGCUUCGAGGAGCCGCUGGAGCGCCCCGCUGACUGCCUUCGGGAGCCUCCGCCGGAUAUUAACCAUCUGCCUUCUUCCAUCCUCCUCAAGAUAUUUUCCAACUUAUCCCUGAAUGAGCGUUGCCUUUCAGCAUCACUAGUCUGUAAAUAUUGGCGUGAUCUCUGCUUAGAUUUUCAGUUUUGGAAGCAACUGGAUCUCAGUAGUCGUCAACAGGUCACUGAUGAACUGUUGGAAAAGAUAGCAUCAAGAAGCCAGAAUAUUACUGAAAUCAAUAUUUCUGAUUGUCGCAAUAUAUCUGAUACAGGAGUAUGCAUAUUAGCGAUUAAGUGUCCUGGACUCCUAAGGUAUACUGCCUACAGGUGUAAACAGCUUUCUGACACCUCUAUUAUUGCAGUUGCCUCUCAGUGUCCUCUUCUUCAGAAAGUGCAUGUAGGCAAUCAAGACAGACUCACUGAUGAAGGCCUGAAGCAGCUGGGUUCAAAAUGCAGAGAAUUGAAAGACAUUCAUUUUGGGCAGUGUUACAAGAUCUCAGAUGAAGGAAUGAUCAUUAUAGCUAAAGGCUGCCUGAAAUUGCAAAGAAUAUACAUGCAAGAAAACAAAUUAGUGACAGAUCAGUCAGUGAAAGCUUUUGCUGAACAUUGUCCAGAACUACAGUAUGUUGGUUUCAUGGGCUGCUCUGUAACAUCGAAAGGAGUCAUUCACCUCACCAAUCUAAGAAAUCUUUCCAGCUUGGAUCUGCGUCAUAUCACUGAACUGGACAAUGAAACCGUGAUGGAAAUAGUAAAGAGAUGCAAAAACCUUAAUUCCCUCAAUCUGUGUCUGAACUGGAUCAUUAAUGACAGAUGUGUGGAGGUGAUUGCCAAAGAAGGCCGGAACCUGAAAGAGCUGUAUUUAGUAUCCUGUAAGAUCACCGACUAUGCUCUGAUAGCCAUUGGACGAUACAGCAUGACAAUAGAGACAGUGGAUGUUGGAUGGUGCAAAGAAAUCACAGACUAUGGAGCCACCCAAAUUGCACAAAGCAGCAAGUCUCUUAGAUACUUAGGGCUGAUGAGAUGCGAUCAGGUGAAUGAAGCCACAGUGGAACAGCUAGUGCAGCAGUAUCCACAUAUAACCUUCAGUACUGUACUACAGGAUUGCAAGAGGACAUUGGAACGGGCUUAUCAAAUGGGCUGGACACCCAAUAUGUCUACUGCCUCUUAACUUCCUAUACCAUCAUAGCAGUUCCACUCUACUGCAUUCAGUAGAUCUAAUGGGGAUUGCAGAGGGUUCACAACCUUUUGUGUGAUGCAAUAUAAUCGUGAGUUUACAGAGAUUACAAUAAAAUGGAAAAAGCUGUACACUGACUUUAAUGUACUGUAACUAAGUACUAAUAUUAAAGCAAGACUCUUGAAGUGCAUUGUUGUUUUGUUUGCAUAAAAUAUAUAAAAGCCUUUGGCAGAUUUCUUGAAGUGAAAUUCUACUAGGUCUCUGGGUAGUUUGAGUUAUAGAUCUUAAGCUUGAUUUUCUCUGUUUACCUUACUUCGCCUUGGUCACGUGCGUUUCCUUUGAUUUGUGCUGCAGACAGUGCAGUUGAUCAACAGAGUCCUGUGUUGCAACUGGGAGCUAAACUUGAUGCUUAUUAUUUACUAAAGAUAUACAAGGAGUUUAAAGAUGCACAGUAAUAAGAAAAUCUACAUAGAUUUGUUAUUUUCAUAUAAACAUGUUGAUAAUUAGACAAAUCAUUACUUUAAAAACAAAUCUUAGUAAAUGACAGUGACAGAAUGAGUAUUUAAUGGAUAAUUUUACUUCUUUCUAUUGCUCAAUGGAAUUUAUAUCUUCUUUCACUUUGUGUUGUUUAAAAUAGGAGGCUCUGUAGGGAUUUCCAGAUGUUUCCACCUCACUAUUUUUGAGUUAACAGUGCUUCACCUAACACUGAUAACCAGUUUCCAUUUCAUAAAGUGAAACAGUAAUUGAAUACACCAUCAGAAAUAAAUUAUUCAUCAAUGUUCACACAUCUGAUUGGAAAAAAAAAAAUAAAAUUAAAAUAUUUUUUUAAUUUUAAAAGCAUUUUUUUUUUCUUCUCUGACUAUGCUGUUAUGUUACUGAAUUAGGAAAUUCAGAUAAAUGGGUAUAAGCUCUCAUAUCAUGUAUGGUUGUUAUUUGACAACAGAGUUUACAGUGCAAAAAGUGCUUACAUCGAGAAGGACAUCUAAAUAAAAGUCCCAUCCUGGGUAUCACUUUGCAGGAUCAGACACUUCAUAACACAGUGUAUGCAAAAUAGCCAGAGUAAAUACAUAAACAGAUUAAUUUUCUGUGCAUCACAAGGAGUUCAAUUAGACAAGGGGAUAGUGAAAAUACAGACAUUGCAGCUUCAACUUGAAGCUACAUUAACCUUCAGAGUAUUACUGUUUGGUUAAGAAUGUGUAACACUGAGUAUUUGUUUUUCAAAGGAUACAGCAUCUUAAGCCAAAGUAUGAAAUGCUUAAGCUUCAGCUGAGGAAUUGCAAUUAUUUUCAAAACGUUUUGCUAAUUCAGAAAGUCUAACGCAGCAUAACCUAGGAGCUUGUUUACUAUGGCUGUAUAACUCUGUAGAACUGUUUCUUGACUUCCAUAGCAUGAUUUUCUAAAACAGAAACAUCAGCUCACAGUAAUUCCAAUGAGCAUGUUGAUUGUUUUCUUAUUAGUCUUUUCAAAAUGGGGAUGAACUAAUUUCUCUGAAAAAAAAAUAUAUAUGGUAAAGCUUUUGCUUUAAGUAAGUGGUAAAUAUAUGUGAACAUGUGUAAUGCUAGGCUUUUUAUUUACUAAAAAAAAAAAAGGCCACAAUAUUU